AUGAGCGAGAUAAAGAAGUUCGUGCUCGGCGACUUCGCUCUCCAGGGAGGAGGUAUCCUCAAGGAUGCUUGGAUCGCAUACAAGACAUUUGGUGACCCCGCGUCUCCCGCUGUUCUCUAUCCUACCUGGUACUCCGGGCUCAUCUCUGACAAUGAGUGGCUUGUGGGAGAAAAAAUGACCCUCGAUCCGGCCAAAUACUUCAUCAUCAUUCCGGCAAUAUUCGGUAAUGGCCAGUCCAUUAGCCCCUCCAAUUCAGAGAUCCGCCCGUUCCCAGACGUGACAUUUUACGACAACGUACGGGCCCAGCACGAGCUGGUCAAGGGUCUUGGGAUCAGGCAUUUGCGUGCCGUUCUCGGGUGGUCCAUGGGUGCGGCGCAGGCAUUCCAAUGGGCUACGCAGUUUCCCGAUAUGAUGGAUAUCUGCGUCCCAUUCUGUGGCUCAGCAAGGACCUCGCUCCACAAUCAAGUAUUCCUCGAAGGCGUGAAGUCGGCACUACUGGCCGCCAAAGGCCUUUCAUCCGCUGGUAGUACCCGCGGCGCGACAACCAAGGACGUGUCGCCUUGGACGGAUGAACAGAAACAGGUGGGACUGCGAGCCUUCGGGAGAGGAUAUGCGGGGUGGGGGUUUUCGCAAGCCUUCUACAGGGAGGAGCUGCAUAAGAAGGUGUAUGGAGAGAAGAGCUUGGAGGACUUUAUGGUGAAUUUCUGGGAGAAAUGGGCACUGAGUAAAGACCCGGAGAAUCUACUUGUGAUGCUGCAUACAUGGCAGGCUGGUGAUAUCAGCAAGCAGGAACCUUUCAACGGCGAUUUUGAAAAAUCGCUGGGCAGCAUUAAGGCUCAGACUUUGGUCCUCCCAUCGAAAACUGAUCUGUACUUCCCACCUGAAGACUCCGAAUAUGAAGUCUCAUGCAUGAGCCAAGUCGGGAAGCUGGAUAUGUUUCCCUCUAUAUGGGGCCACUGGGCAGGCGGACCGCCCGGAAAUAUGGAAGAUGUCCGAUGGCUAGAUGAACGAUUGUCUGACUUGUUUAGCAAAGCCCCCAAGCGAGAUUUGGCUUCCAAGACUCAGGCCUCGUCUCAAGCUGUGGGAGGGCUCGAGGAGAAGGUGCUUGUGAUAAGAGACUAG